UGCGGGCUUUCUUCUGGAUCUAACUUUCCAGAAAUUCAAGCUGCAGGGAGACAGGUGGGAGGGAUGCUGCUUUGACAGCUGAUGGCUGGAGGGGGCCAGACACUGCCAGGGUGGUGUGGAGGGACGUAUCUUAGAGGAAAUAUUCUGGACUCAGGCAGAGCUGAGUUUGAAUCCUGUUUCUGUGGCCACCCAGCUUGAAGACCAUGGACAAGCAACUUGCACACUUGGCUCCUUAGCUGUAAAAUGGAAACAGCUGCGCCUACCAUUCAAGGUAGUUUUGAAGGCUAGAAACUAAUCUGCACACAGUAGAUGUGCACACAGUAAGUGGCUAUUAUGUGGUCAACCCCUCCUGUGGGACAGAAUGGCUAAUCGACAGACCUGGUCAGAAUCAGCUGCGACCUCCGAUCUCAGCGGUUAGGGAGGGCUCCCGCGGCCUCCUCCCACGAGGAGGUGGGGACAGGGUGGAGGAAGGGCUGCGGAAGGAGGAGCUAGCUGCUCCGAGACCCGCCCCGUCCCGUCCAGUCAGGCCUGGGCGCCGAGGGAACGCUCUCCUAGUCGCCACUGCCCCAGCAGCCGUCCUAGUGCCCGUGCCCGGUCCCGUCCAGUCAUGACCCUGCGCCCCUCACUACUGCUGCUCCACCUGCUGCUCCUGCUGUUCAGUGGGGUGCUGUGUCGGGCCGAGGCUGGGUCUGAAACCGAAAGUCCAGUCCGGACCCUACAAGUGGAGACCCUGGGGACAGCACUGGACCUUUGGAGGAGCAUCCAUGACCCUUGUAGUCCGAUCGCAGGUGGAGCCCCCCGAGCCGUGUGCGGAAACCGCUGCCUUCGGAGACACACUCCACAUCCACUACACGGGCAGCUUGGUAGAUGGACGCAUUAUUGACACUUCUCUGAGCAGAGACCCUCUGGUUAUAGAACUUGGCCAAAAGCAGGUGAUACCAGGUCUGGAGCAGAGCCUUCUAGACAUGUGUGUAGGAGAGAAGCGAAGGGCAGUCAUCCCUUCUCACUUGGCCUAUGGAAAACGGGGAUUUCCGCCAUCUAUCCCAGCGGAUGCAGUGGUACAGUAUGACGUGGAGCUGAUUGCACUGAUCCGAGCCAACUACUGGCAUAAGCUGGUGAAGGGCGUUUUGCCUCUGGUAGGCAUGGCUAUGGUUCCAGCCCUCUUGGGCCUCAUUGGGUAUCACCUAUACAGAAAGGCCAGCCAACCUAAAGUCUCCAAAAAGAAGCUCAAAGAAGAGAAACGAAACAAGAGUAAAAAGAAAUAAUAAAAAUAGUAAUUAACAAGA